AUGGCGAUGAGAGGAGCAGCUGAAACUUGGCCGGAGAUGGAGGCGAUUGCUAGGAAGAUGGUGGAGGAGGUUGAAACAGAGAGCAGUGGAUCAUCGGAAGCUGAGACUGAGUCUCCGAGAUCCGUCGGACGCUGGGCAGCUGCUCCGAUCACUGGGACGACGGCUAAGGAGCGAGUGCAUAACCAGGUUUUGAAGAUCAGGGAAGAGGAUCUGUGUGUUCUCGUUGAAACCAGAGCCGCGAAUCCAGAGAAUCGGCGAUAUCUCCAUCAGCGUCGUUUCAAUUUGUUCCUGAUCUCGCGGCCGAAUCUGCCGUGUUCACCUCUCAGUGGAAAAGUGAGCUCCGUUAACGCUGUUCAGUGA